AUGCCCCUUGAAAAGGACCUUCUCCACCAGUCCACAAAAGAGGAGAUGAGGAAGCAUAAGAAGAAGUGCCUGGUGCAGAGCCCCAACUCCUACUUCAUGGAUGUGAAGUGCCCAGGAUGCUACAAAAUCACCACCAUCUUUAGCCAUACACGAACAGUAGUUUUGUGUGUUGGCUGCUCCACUGUUCUUUGCCAGCCUACAGGAGGAAAAGCAAGGCUUACAGAAGGAUGA